UUGAAACUGUGGCACUGGUCACAGGAGAGGGAAACGUUGAGGAUACUGCACGCUUGGGAAAAUGAUGUACUGCCGUUCUUGUCUUUGAUACACUCAUGACUUGACAGCAGCGUGUUGUCAAAACUUAUUCGCUGUUGAUCUCAUGUGCGUUUCCCAACGACGUGUCUGAUAACAUUUUGGUUGCUCCAAAGCUGCAAUUGGAUACGAUUUUUACAGACACUGGUUGCCAGUUUUUACGGUGUGCACAACUAGCUCGUAAAAGCCAACUGACAGAACACAUUGCAAUCCAUUGGGAAGGGGAAUUACAAUGUUUCUGUUUGGAAUCGGAUUAUGCACUAGCAUAACGUUAACUUUACAUUUUGGAAGGUGAAGACAGCGUCGUGAGUACCAAGAAAUGAGCUGUAUCAAAUAUAACGUUAGUCCGCGAAAUGUGGUGUAUUGAAACGUCUUUCUUAUCUAGCUAGCUGACGUUAGAUCAUUUACUAUAGCUAGAAAACGACGUAAUUUUAAACUACCUGAAGCUAGCUAAGAUUGAGGGUUAAUUAGAUAUGUUCCAUGAUAUUUUUGCUAAUUUGACUGCUUAGCAUUAUUACCUGGUUUCGUCUAACUAGGUAAAUUAACAAGAUUGAAUGUAAAGAAAGGUAACAAAUGUUAAACACUGGAAUAGUUGCCUAGUAUUAUUGCUAGCUACUAGUACUGUAAGGUGCUACGGAUAGUUAGACCAACCUGCAACAAGUCAGUCAUUAGCUAUGGUUUUAACCAUUUUGUAGCCUCUAGCUAGCUACACAAGUAUCACCUCUUCCACAUUUGUGGACAUAAUUCUUCAGGACCUUCAACUGUGUAACGUAGUAGCAAGCCUCUUGGCUGGCCAGUGGAUAUUUUGGAGUCUUCUCAACAAACACCUGUCAACUGGAAAGUCCGUGUUAAUACCACACUAUGUUGACAAUACUAGCUUGCAAACUAGCUGGCUAAGUUAGUUACAUUUUUCUUUUUUUGCACAGACCUUCACAACACACAGUGGAGGAGCAAACCUUUGCAGCUGUGUGUUGUUUAUUUCCCGGAAAUAAAAGGAUUUCAAUUGGAUUGAAAAUGGGAGCCGCUAGCGAGCUGGCGUUUGCUGUUUUUCUCAUCUCGUUUUCCUCAGGUGCAAUCCUGGGUCGCUCGGAGACACAGGAGUGCGUUUACUACAACUCUAGCUGGGAGAAGGAGCGAACCAACCGCAGUGGCAUCGAGCCUUGCUACGGAGACAAGGACAAGAGGCUCCACUGCUUCGCCACCUGGAAAAACACCUCGGGAACCAUCGAGAUCGUCAAGCAGGGCUGCUGGCUGGACGAUGUCAACUGCUAUGACAGUAGUGAAUGUGUGGAGWCGAAAGAGAGUCCGGACGUCUUCUUCUGCUGCUGCGAAGGCAACAUGUGUAACGAGAAGUUCCUCUACAGCCCCGACACGCAGGCUGUCCAAAGUAAGUCAUCGUCGACCUCCAACCCGUUUACCCAGAAGCCUCAGCUGUUCAACACCCUGCUGUACUCUCUGGUGCCCAUUUUGGGCAUCGCCGCCAUCGUCCUCUUCUCCUUCUGGAUGUACCGUCAUCACAAGCUGGCAUACCCGCCCGUCCUGGUGCCAACACAGGACCCACUGGGGCCACACACCCCUCCCUCUCCCAUCAUGGGGCAGAAGCCACUGCAGUUGAUCGAGAUCAAAGCCAGGGGGCGCUUCGGCUGUGUGUGGAAGGCUCAGCUCCUCAACGACUACGUGGCUGUCAAGGUCUUCCCCAUUCAGGACAAGCUGUCAUGGCAGAACGAGUAUGAGAUCUACAGCCUGACUGGGAUGAAACACGAGAACCUGCUCCACUUUAUCGGCGUGGAGAAGAGAGGCAACAACAUGGACAUAGACCUCUGGCUCAUAACAGCCUAUCACGACAACGGCUCUCUGACUGAUUACCUGAAGGCCAACGUGGUGUCGUGGAAUGAGCUGUGCCAUAUCUCCCGGACCUUGGCCCGUGGCCUGGCCUAUCUCCACGAGGACAUCCCUGGGCUGAAGGACGGACACAAGCCCGCCGUCGCACACAGGGACAUGAAGAGCAAGAACGUGCUUCUGAAGAACAACCUGACAGCCUGCAUAGCGGACUUCGGCCUGGCCCUGAAGUUUGAAGCUGGGAAGUCAGCAGGAGACGCCCACGGCCAGGUGGGCACGAGGCGCUACAUGGCCCCUGAGGUGCUGGAGGGGGCCAUCAACUUCCAGAGAGACUCCUUCCUGAGGAUAGACAUGUACGCCAUGGGGCUGGUGCUGUGGGAGCUGACCGCUCGCUGCACCGCUGCAGACGGUCCUGUGGAUGAGUACACACUGCCCUUUGAGGAGGAGGUCGGCCAGCACCCGUCUCUAGAGGACAUGCAGGAGGUGGUGGUCCACAAGAAGCUACGGCCCUGCCUCAGAGAGUGCUGGCAGAAACACAUAGGCCUGGUGAUGCUGUGUGAGACCAUCGAGGAGUGCUGGGAUCACGAGGCUGAGGCGAGGCUCUCGGCGGGCUGCGUGGAGGAACGCAUCAUCCAGAUGCAACGCCAGACCAACAUCAUUGCCCCCGAGGAGAUUGUCACCGUCGUCACCAUGGUGACCAACGUGGACUUCCCUCCCAAAGAGUCCAGCCUAUGAAUGGACGGACAUUGACUGGACGUGUCAAGUGGUGGACAUGGAGCUAUUUUGAUUAGAUGUUUUCAGGUAUACAUUGAUCAACCAGAGUGGCCCGUACAGGAUCAUGAACUCUGGAUGAUCCCGGGUUAAACUCUGACCCCUAACCCCCUCAGAUGGGCGUGGUGUGUUUUAGUGCUGUGCGCUACACUACUGCCAUUCAGGAAAUACCUGGCUGUGCCCACCAACACUGGUUUGGUUUCUACCCACUUCAUAGUAUCAUGAUGUGUUGGACUCAGUUGGACGCCCAUAGCGAGCCUCAAACUGUAAAGAAGAAUCCUUCAGAAGAACAACACUAGGUCGUAACGAACCCUGUGUUGGGCAAAAGGGAUAUUUUAUAUAUGAAGAAAACACUAGGACCUCCUAACAGACUUCUGUUCUAUUUUCUAAGAAAAAGAAGAGGAAGAGGAUGGACUCUACGAGACGAACUCUCACGGCUCAGUAAAGAAAAAAGGGCAACUUGUUUUAAAAUUCCUUUGCUGUUUUCUUUCUGUGUUUGUAUGAUAAUGACAAUUGUAAUGCCAAUAAGAAACAGCUUCUGAAUGUCACGUGUACUGCUGCUGUAUAUAAUAUCAAAACAAUGGUAAUCAAGGUUUAUUUUAGGGGGGGAUCCAUUUCCAAGCAUUACUACUUCGAAAGCAAAACCAUAGACCUCCCUCAAGUCAACAAGGUAUACCUCAGUUCCAUCUUCAUUACAACACUACAACCAUAGAAAUGGAAGUACUAUUGUUUCUAGUACUGUUAAUUAUAUUUCUAUGAUUACAACAAUCUCUCUCUAAACUAUUCAGAUGACGUCAUUACUUUGGUAUUAUUGAACUGUAUACUGUACAGCUGUGGCAGGUGAAAAUAUAAUAAUUAUCACCACAGUUUUUAAAACUAGUUCGCCAAGAUAUUUUUUUUGUGCAUUAUUUUGUCCUUCCUUGCUGUUUUAAUUAGUUUUUAUUGGAAACAUUUUAAUCCUACAUUUUAAGAGUAUUUCAAUAACCCCCUAAGUCAUUGAUUUUUUUUAUAUAUUUUUUUUUACACUUCCUUAUUUUUGCUUGCUGUGUCAACCGAGUAUUUAAUGAUGUGAGCAUGCCUUUUGGUUAUCCUUUGGUAUUAUUUUUUWAAAAGCUCAGGAAGCUACUCUUCUGUCUCUCUUGACUCCCUAGUUAUUACCCAUCUUUAUCUCCCAGUCCCUAGCUACUUCUCGAGUCUCACCCUCAUCCGUAGUUACUACCCUUAUGUCUUACCUGAGUCCCUAGCUACUACCCUUCUCGCUCUCGCAGUUCCUAGCUACUACCCUUCUGUCUCUCCAGUCCCUAACUACUACCCUUCUGCUUUGAGACGCGGGUGACCUUUCACACUGACUAUCUCUUCCUGGUGUCAUCUUAACCAUAGCAUUAAGACAUCUCUACUUCUAGCCUCUCUAUCAUCUCAACUCGGUUGAGCCUUUAAUCAGUGUGACAACAUUACUACUGUAGACCCACCCUGGGCAAAACUAGGAUGUCUCUCGUCGUCCUUCCGGAAUUUGAUUUGUGAAUGUGUUCUGUAUACCAUUUCYAGCUUGUCGUAUGAGCUCAGAUUUGUCUUCUGGGUGACAUUGACACGGAUGAUGAUGAUGAUGCGUUCAUCUUUGCAUUCUCUCUCUUCGCACCGAGUCAGUGUUUUAACUGGAGCUACAACAACGUUCAGGGAUUCAAUACUAUGCUUUUCAUUAAUUACUACAGUAUAUGCAACUCGUGCAGAAUGGUGCAAGUGCGUACAUACUUGCAUUGCUGCAGGAGCGACUUUCACACAACUGUAGCAUUUUUCUAAACAGUUAAUCUUGUCUAUUGAUCUUUUAAUUAUUUGCAGACCUGAGCUUUUGAGUAUUAGACAGAGAGCAGGUGGGCCGGUGCCAAAUCAAACGAUUAUUACUUUACCUCUAUCUGAAAGACAGUGGAACGGACUUAGGGAAGGCCCAACUGCAUUGCUAGAUUGUGUCUGUACUCUCGGGGGUAAAGGCUGCAGUUGGCCAGUGGACUCGCAGCGGAUGUAGGCUCUAUCGCAAUUUGUCUUUCCUUGGUUCCUCACAUCCUGUCUCCUUGCCUAAUAUGGUUGAGGAGGAGGAGAGGGGAUGUGAGGAUUCAAGGACAUUUUAAUUGAGAAAGCCAUAGAAUGGUGGCCGUUACUGUGAAUCCCCCCCUCCCUCCCUACACACUGGAACCCUGUAGCGCUCAGCAAUACAACUAGCAAGCAAAGGUCAUUGGAGGAAGAGUGGAAGGGGCACCAGUUUCCAAGCAGUUAGCGGUGAACCAACAAUCAGAUAUAUAAUCACUACAGUACUACUGCAUUAUUUUGAUUGUCGUAUGUGCUUUUGAGAAAAAAUAAAUAUGUAGCCAUGAUGUGAUCCUCUGAUUUUCUGGUAUUUUGAGGGUAUAAUUUUGUUUACCUGAUUUUAUUUAUUUUUUAAACCACAGCUACUUGUACAGAGCUGAUUUCACUGUACAGACGUUUUAAACCCCAAACCACACUACAAUCUUCUUAGUUGAUCAGACCUUGGCCUUCUUGUGAGAGUUGAUUUCUUUCAGAUAAACGAUAACAUUUGACUUCAGAUUGACUGGAAUAUUGAAAUGCACAUUAUGUAAAUAAACAUGCCAUUUUUAGAUUGUAGAUGAUGGAUAUAGCAUGAGGUUGUUUCUAUUGUUUUUAGAAUAUAUUACAAAGAAGCAAAAAGAUCCCUGAUGAAUUCAUUAUUCCAUAUUAAGAUUUUACCUGUUUUAUUUUGUAUAUCUGUUUUUAAAUUGUAUCAAUUUAUGACCCAAAUGGCCCAAAACGGUCACUCUUCCUUCCCGAGAUGAGACUAAUUUCUUUCUAAGGUGGUCUGAUGAUAAAUUCCCUCAAAUGAAACCCUGUAUCAAUAGUUUUACCAUUUUCACACUACUGCUGUGAGCCAAACUAAGCCGAACCGAGUCGUACUGGGGUGGCCUGGUUAAGCAUCCACCAUAGUUGCUGAAAAUGACAAUGUGAUCGUAAAAAUAUCAGAGCCAGCAAAUUAUGAUUUGGGUUGGCUCAGUAGUGUGAAACCGGUCAUUGUUUUAGCUCAGACCCCAGAUGUUACGCUACAGCAUUGAGAUACCAUUGCUACAAUAUUCCAUCAAUGUUGCAACAAUGUUAUCCCUUGUAUGUGACCAGCAGACAGUGUUUUCUGUAACACACUUCCUCUCAAAACAACACUAAAGCUAAACCUAGGUUAGCUUCGGUUCUGUAUUUGCUGAUAGUCAAACGGUGUGACUUUGGCACAAAUGACUGUUCUAUUGGCUGGUGGACUUGCCAAUAAUUUUUAUGCUUUGCAAGUUAUUUAAUAAACUUUUUCAGAUGCCUGGUUGGAAGUGGAUGUUAAAUAUUGUACAGAGAAAUUGUAUGCUAUUGUCCCUAAAAUAAAGUAUAGUGACUGCUCAUUG